GAGAGAAGAAUGGCUCUUGGAAAUGGAUCUUCUGUGACUGAAUUCAUUCUGAUGGGGUUAACAGACCGGCCAGAUCUCCAACUUCUCCUGUUCUUCCUGUUUCUAGUCAUUUAUAUAGUCACUGUGUUGGGAAAUUUGAGCUUGGUAAUUUUAAUUGGGUUGAAUUCAGAACUGCACACUCCCAUGUACUUUUUUCUCUUUAACUUGUCCUUCAUAGACCUCUGCUAUUCUUCUGUGUUUACACCCAAAAUGCUGAUGAACUUCAUCUCAAAGAAGAAUGUUAUCUCUUACACGGGAUGCAUGACCCAGUUAUACUUUUACUCUUUUUUUGUCAUUUCUGAAUGCUAUGUACUCAUGUCAAUGGCCUAUGAUCGUUAUGUGGCCAUUUGUAAUCCACUUCUCUAUAACAUAGCCAUGUCGCCUAAAGUAUGUUCCAACCUUUUGUUUGGUUCAUACAUGAUGGCCUUUUCAGGUGCCAUGGCCCACACUGGAUGCAUGCUGAGACUGACCUUCUGCAACGCAAACACCAUCAACCACUAUUUCUGUGACAUCCUCCCAGUGAUGCAGCUCUCCUGCACCAGCACAUAUGUCAACGAACUGGAGGUUUUCAUUGUGGCUGGCAUCAACAUCAUUGUGCCAAGCCUCACCAUCUUUCUCUCUUAUGGUUUCAUUCUCUCCAGCAUCUUUCAAAUAAACUCAAUUGAGGGUAGGUCCAAAGCCUUCAGCACCUGCAGUUCUCACAUAAUUGCUGUUAUUCUUUUCUUUGGGUCAGGUGCAUUCAUGUAUCUUAAGCCAUCUUCUGCUGGGACCAUGGAUGAGGGUAAAAUCUCCUCUGUGUUUUACACCAAUGUGGUUCCCAUGAUGAAUCCCCUAAUCUAUAGUCUGCGGAACAAAGAUGUUCAAUUUGCACUGAGAAGAACCCUGAAUAGAAGAAAAUUUUGUUCAAAAAUUGUAUGUUCUUUAUAG